AUGGCUGAUCCAGUCGAUGACCACAUUAAUCGCAUUGCUGGCUUGUCCUGGUCACCAAAUCACAAAAAAUUAGCUGUCGCUACAGCAGAUCGUCAUAUUUUACUGUUUGAUGAGUUGGGCGAAAGACGUGAUAAAUUCUCAACGAAACCAUCAAAUCCAGCUAAUGGCAAGCAAUCGUACGUAAUACGUGGUCUAGCAUUUAGUCCUGAUUCAACAAAAUUAGCAGUCGGUCAGAGUGACAACAUUGUGUAUGUCUAUAAAUUGGGUGAAUCAUGGAAUGAUAAGAAAGUUAUUUGUAAUAAAUUUCCACAAACGACGGCUGUCACAGCUUUGAUAUGGUUAACGUCUGGUGCGAUUAUAGCAGGUCUUGACGAUGGCAAAGUACGAGCCCUCCAUUGCAAAAACAAUAAGUCGCAAAGUUUAUAUGGUGCCGAUAGCAUCUGCAUAUCCUUGGCGCCCAAUACUAAGGGAACUGGAUUUCUAUCGGGCCACAAUGAUGGCACCAUAAUACGUUAUUUUCUAGCCGAAGAUGGUAAUGAAUCAUCGGGACGUGUAAUUCAACAUCCAGUGCCGCCCUUUGCUUUAGCCUGGCCACAAGGUGGUUUCUGUGUGGGUGGUUGUGAUCAACGUAUAGUUUUUUAUGACUCAAUGGGUCGACAAAUACGUACCUUUGAUUACUCACGUACCGAAGGUGAACGUGAAUUUACUGUCGCCGCAUGUAGUCCCAAUGGACAGGCAGUGGCAUUUGGUAGUUUUGAUCGUGUGCGGAUAUUUAGCUGGAGUCCACGUUUAUCUGCCUGGAGUGAGAGUGCUACCAAAGAUAUUAAUUUCUUUUAUACGGUGACAUGUCUACUUUGGAGACGUGAUGGUGCUAGAUUGGCCAUGUCAAGCGUCACCGGAGCUGUUAUUGUAUUCGAGUCCGUGCUCAAACGUACCAUAUGGCAGGAUAAAUUUGAACUAAUUUUCGUAGCACCCAGUCAAUUGUUGGUGCGAUCCAUGCAAGAACCCCACGAACAAAUGACCAUCGAAUCUCAAUUGGGUUUGGAAAUCGAUGAUGUACGUAUAAUGGGUAAAGAUAACUAUUUAGUGGCACGUACCGAAGAAUCUCUAAUACUCUGUGAUCUAACUAGAAAUCUUGUUAGUGAGGUGCCUUGGACGGCAUCGGGUAGACAUGAACGUUUUUAUUUUGAAAAUCCUACAGUUUGUCUUAUAUUCAAUGUGGGCGAAUUGAGUUUGGUGGAAUAUGGUGAAACGCAAAUAUUAGGUUCGGUACGCACAGAGUUUGUAAAUCCUCAUGUCAUAUCGGUGCGUUUAAAUGAGCGUGGUAAUACAAGGGAUAACAAAAAACUGGCCUUUCUUUUAGAUGCCAAAACCAUUUGUGUGGUGGAUUUAAUAAGUCAAAUGAUUAUAGGUCAAGUUAAUCAUGAGACCAAAAUCGAUUGGAUUGAAUUAAGUGAAACUGCUCAUAAACUAUUGUUUCGUGAUAAGAAAAUGCGUUUGAUUUUAAUCGAUAUAUAUACGGGUAAAAAACAGACUUUGCUUAAUAAUAUCUCGUUUGUCCAAUGGGUGCCGCAAAGUGAUGUGGUAGUGGCUCAGAGUAAUAAUAAUUUGGCUAUAUGGUAUAAUAUUGAUCUGCCCGAACAUUUGACCCUGAUGCCUAUAAGAGGUGAAGUUUUGGAAGUGAUUAGAGAAGGGGGACGUACCACUGUCUGCUCGCAAGAGGGACCUACCGAACACACUUAUCAGCUAGAUGAGGGUCUGGUGGAAUUUGGCACCGCUGUUAAUGACAGUGAUUUUGGUAGAGCCAUACAUUUUCUUGAGACUUUAGGUGAUAAACCUGCAGCAAAGGCUAUGUGGCAUAAUCUGGCCAUUAUAGCUAUGGAGGAUGGUAAUCUAAGAGUGGCUCAACGUUGCUAUGCAGCUCUGGGUAAUGUCUCAAAGGCUUUUUAUUUAAAUGAAAUGAUUUUGGAAGCUGAUAAAUAUGAAGAAGCUACUCUCUCUCCCGGCAUACUAUGUCCCGAAGUACGGGCUAAAUUGGCUCUGUUAUCUUCAGAUCUAAGAUCGGCUGAACGUAUUUAUCUCGAGCAGGGUGAUAUUGAGGCUGCUUUGGAAAUGUAUAAGAAAUUACGCAUGUGGGAUGAGGCAGUUAGUUUGGCCGAACGCAGAGGUUACAUGGGUUUACAGCAAUUGAAAGAUGAGCAAAUGUCGUUUCUACUCUCAACGGGUCAAGAGGAAAAGGCGGGUCAGGUUUUGGAAGAACAGGGAGAAGUGGAAAAGGCUAUGACUUUGUUUCUGAAGGCUAAUAAACCUGCUCGAGCUGCUAGAUUAGCCUUGAAGGUCCCACAUCUCAUGGAUGAUCAUCCUCUAAUGAUGAAAGUUACCGAGGGUUUAGUUAAUACGGAAUUAUACGAAAUGGCUGGUGACAUUGCCUAUCGUCUAUCACGUCCCGAAGCCGCCUUAACUUUAUACCGCAAAGGAGGUGCCUAUGCCCGAGCUUUAGAUUUAGCACGAAAAAUUUCCCCCGAUGAGGUUACCUCUCUAGAAGAAGAAUGGGGAGAUUGGUUAGUGGGACGCAAACAAUUGGAUGCCUCUAUAAAUCAUUACAUCGAAGCAGGAGCAACACAAAAAGCUCUGGAUGCUGCUGUGGGAGCAAAACAAUGGCGCAAGGCAGUGCAAAUUGCUAAAGUCUUAGAUGAACCUGAGGAAAUACAACGUUAUGCUUUAGAUUUAUCCAAACAUUUAGCAUUUUCGGGUGACGUAGAUGGUGCUGAGGAUCUGCUGGUAAGAGCUAAUCUCUUUAAGGAAGCCAUAGAACUUCUAAAUCGUCAUGGCAAAUGGGAAAGAGCCUAUGCGGUGGGUGAAAAGUAUUUAAAGUCGGAUGAGAUGCGUGAUUUAUUUGUUAAUUUGGCGGCUGGUCUAGAGGAGCAGGGUAAAUAUCGUGAUGCUGAAAAAGUUCUGUUGGCGGUUAAUGAACCCGACUUGGCCAUAGCCAUGUAUAAGCGUCGUGAACUUUAUGAUUCCAUGAUACGUUUGGUGGAACGUUAUCACAAAGAUUUGCUGGAGAAUACUCAUCAGCAUUUGGGCCGUACUUUAGAAUCGAAGGGUAAAUUUAAAAACGCCGAGGUGCAUUAUUUGGCUGCCGGUGAUUGGAAGUCGGUGGUGCAUAUGUAUUGUACGGCAGGACGUUGGGAAGAUGGUUAUCGUGUGGCCAAACAAAAAGGCACAGAUGGUGCUAGCAAUCAGGUGGCUUAUAUGUGGGCCAAAUCCAUGCCGGUGGAAAGUGCUGUGAGACUUUUAACAAAAUUGUCUCUACUAGAUACAGCCGUGGGUUUUGCCUGUGAUUCUGGCCAGUUUGACUUUGCCAUGGAUUUGUGUCGUUUUGCUGGCAAAUCUACCGAUGAAGUACACCUCAAAAUUGCCAUGUCUCUAGAGGAUGAGGGUAAAUUCGAGCAAGCCGAAGCGGAGUUUAUCAAAGCCAAUAAACCGCGUGAGGCUAUACUAAUGUAUACACAUGCUGGUGAUUGGAAGGCUGCCCUAAAUGUAGCCGAAACUCAUCUGCCCGAUGCUGUUACUGAAAUUCUCAUAAGUCAGGCUAAUGCUGCUUUAGAAACUCGUAAUUUUGCCGAUUAUGAAUCGUUGCUAUUGAGAGCCCAAAGACCCGAUUUAAUUAUAGAAUACUAUAAGAAUGAAGGCAUGUUUGAUGAAGCCAUACGUGUGGCCGAAGAUCAUUUACCCUCAACGCUAAAUGAUCUAAGACGUUUGCAGGCUCAGGAGCAAAGGAGUAGUGCUGGUGGUCAGGCAAAUGAUUCUAGAACCUAUCUCCAAAAGGCAGCAGAAUUUGCUAGAAAAGAAGACUUUCGCAAGGCAGCCGAAUGUCUUAUGCAAAUUGAUGCAUCAAAUGCUGAAGAUGCAACAACUAUUGAGCGAGCACUCUUAAGGGCUGCAGAAAUUUGCAAUCAAUUUUUAGAGGGCCCAGAUGCCAUGGAUGUUGCCCAUCAAUUGGCUCCGCGUUUACUGCAAAUCAAACAAAUCGGUCCUGCUGCACAACUAUUUUUGGCAGCCGAUAUGCCCAAAGAAGCUGUAGAUGUUUUCAUUACGGCCGAACAGUGGUCUAAGGCUAGACGUUUAGCCAAAGAACUUGAUCCCGAACUAAUGGCUUAUGUAGAGUUACAGCAGAAAACCAGGCUCAAGAGUGAAGGCAAUGUCGAGCAAUUGGCCGAUAUAGAUAUUGUUAGUGCCUUAGAUAUGCUGGCUGAACAAGGCCAGUGGCAGCGUUGUUUGGAUAAGGCCAAACAAAUAAGUUCUCCAGUUUUACAAAAAUAUGUUGCUCUAUAUGCUGCACAAUUGAUACGUGAUGGUGAUUGCAUUUCCGCUCUGGAAUUGUACAUCAAUUAUGGAGCUCCUCCUAUUGAGGCGAAUUUUAAUAUUUAUACUCGCAUCGCUUUGGAUUUCUUUACUUUGCGAGAGGAACAAAUGAUGGAUGGUUUAUGGAGGAAACUGAGAGAUUUUAUUUAUAAAUUAUUACAGACACUUAAAUCCUCGGAGUUUUCACAAGCACCCAUAACCGAUAAUAUGGAACUAUAUCUAUUAAUUGCCCACUACUACUGCACCAGAAGUGCUUGUCGUCAAGUACAGUCACUACAGCCAAUAGCUGUUAGAAUAUCUAUAGCACUUUUACGGUAUACCGAUAUCAUACCAGUGGAUAAAGGAUUUUACGAAGCUGGCAUUGAUCUACGUAAUGCGGGACGUGAAGCAGAAGCUUUUGUUAUGCUCAACCACUAUUUGGAUGUAUGUGAAGCCAUUGAAGAGGGUUCUGGUAAUUUAGUUGAUCAUAGUGAUUUAACUUCAACCGAUUUUCCCAGUUCGGUACCUCUGCCCGAGGAAAUACACUUGAAAAAUGAUCCUGACCUACACGAAGAAGUAAGGGAAUGGGUGUUAGCUGUUAGUAUGGAUCAACAAGUGGAUCAGGUUUUACCCACUGAUGAGCGUGGCUUAUAUGAAUCCAGUUUAGGUUUAAAUGAUGUGGCCUGCAUUUUAAGUGGCUAUCCUGUUAAGGGCCGCCAGCCUGUUACAUUUCAAUCUUCAAUACGUCAAGCUAAUCGUGAUGUUUGGAGUAAAUUUUCGGUAGCAGUUAAAUUAUCGCCUAGCAGUGAAGUCGGUGAUAUUAUACAAUUUACCGAAAAGUGGAAUGGUUUGGCUAAUUUUGUAAUGCAUUAAAAUAUUGCAAUGAUUUAAAAAAAGUAUAAAUCGAAAGAAAAUAUUAAUAAAAUGUUAAAGUUAUUAUACGAAGAAUAAAGAUAUAUAUA